GGCGCACGGCGGAAGCGGCGACCCGAGCAGCCGAAGCACAGAAUUAAGAUGCCCUGGUUUCAAGGAAAUAGCAUGCAACUUGCCAAACACUCCUUUCAACGGCUCUUGAGAAAUCUAUCUGCCUCUAAGACUGCUCAGCCUGUGCUAACCUUAUUCACAAAGGAUCCGUGCCCCCUUUGUGAUGAAGCCAAGGAAGUACUGGAGCCUUAUAAAAACAGGUUUAUUUUACAGGAGGUGGACAUCACACUUCCAGAAAACUCAGCUUGGUAUGACAGGUAUAAAUUUGACAUCCCCGUCUUUCAUUUGAACGGCCAGUUUCUGAUGAUGCAUCGAGUAGACGUCUCAAAACUUGAAAAACAGCUCCAGAAACUUGAGCAGCAAGGUGCGGGAGGCUCAUGAACGCCUUCAUGAUUUUCCACCCUCUCUGUCCGGAACUCAUUUUCCUGAGGAAAUGACUGUGGCCUCAUGCUCCUUUUGUCACUUUCACACAGCUCUAAGGAUGUUCUGAACUCAGUGGUGCCAAAUAAAUGGUAAUAUUCCUCUUGUGAUUAAUAGAAGUACCAAUGUGGGAACUGUUUACCUGUUGGCAUUUUAUAAAAUAAGAGGAGUGUACUGGGAGGGAGGGGAUGAUGAAAGGUGGGUGUAAUCUACUUGUUUUAUUUAUUUUUCUCUUUUGUAUUAAUAUGGAAGCAUUUCACAUUCACUGGACAGAGCUGUUUACAGGAAGAAUGCUCUGUGUCCCUGUUGCUGCCCUAAGGGCUUAACUUUUUAAUGAAAGAAUAAAUGUUCUUCCACUUGGUAGAUAAAGUGAAAUGUGAAUUGUUAAUAACUGUGCACAGUCAAUAAAAGGAUGUUUUAACAAA